CCUCAGCUACAAAUACCAUCACUCUUAAUAGCUCAGGUAUAUGUUCACUAACUAAUUCGGAAGUGUUUUGAUAAACAGUUGCGUUAUUCUUUCGCUGAAUGAGACAGUGUGACAAUUCCCUGACAGCUUGCUGGAUAUAGAAAUAACAGUCAUUUCCGAGGUGGUAUACCGGAUCUCCGCUGGGCUCAGACGGCGAACUAUGGGUAUGCUCCGAAUCCUAAACAGAAGAAUGUCUUUAUGGCUACAGCUGUGGACCUGCCGGACUUCGAAUCGCCUUAUACCCCUGUGCAUCCUCGCUUCAAGCAGGACAUUGCCUCCCGUCUGAUUCUGCCAGCCCUAGCAGUAGCCUAUCACAAGACAGGACUAGAUUAUGAAGGACCCUUCCCGUCUUCAUAUACAGUUGACAAUGCGGCCGAGACACUCACUAUUGAGUUCAACAAUGGGAAGACGCCGAUUGAAGUCAGGAACAACCAUGGUUAUGAGGUUUGCUGUUACGGCCACAAGAGCUGUCAGUCCUAUGAUCAUUGGGAAGAAGCUCCUAUCGUGAGUCACCAUACGGCGUCAGUUACGUUGUCAACGUCGGGGUGCGGUAACAGCCACCCCGCAGGUGUCCGUUAUCUAUGGUAUGAGACCCCGUGUCCUCUAAGGUCAUGCGCAGUGUAUGGCAGGGACAACGAUCUGCCUGCACCACCGUUUAAGAAAUACGACGGAUUUUAGUCGCCCAUUGUAGAUAUCACUACCCCGGAAUCAAUAAAGGGCUUUACUCUCAUGUUGAAUAUACGAUGAAUAUAUAAUGCAUACAUGCAAUAAAAUGACUGAUGCCAUCA